ACUACAGGGGAGUUUUGUUGAAGUUGCAAAGUCCUGCAGCCUCCAGAGGGCUGUCGGCGCAGUAGCAGAGAGCGGCAGAUUCCGCGCGCUCCGGAGACCGGCAGUAGAGCGCGAGGCAGCGCGCGCCUGCAGCAGCCACCGGAGCCCAACCAGGACCACAGCCCUCCCCAGGCGGCCGCGCCAUGGAACACCAGCUCCUGUGCUGCGAAGUGGAGACCAUCCGCCGCGCGUACCCUGACACCAACCUCCUCAACGACCGAGUGCUGCGAGCCAUGCUCAAGACCGAGGAGACCUGCGCGCCCUCCGUGUCUUACUUCAAGUGCGUGCAGAGGGAGAUUGUGCCGUCCAUGCGGAAAAUCGUGGCCACCUGGAUGCUAGAGGUCUGUGAGGAGCAGAAGUGCGAAGAGGAGGUCUUCCCGCUGGCCAUGAACUACCUGGACCGCUUCCUGUCUCUGGAGCCCCUAAAAAAGAGCCGCCUGCAGCUGCUGGGGGCCACCUGCAUGUUCGUGGCCUCCAAGAUGAAGGAGACCAUUCCCCUGACCGCCGAGAAGUUGUGUAUCUACACUGACAACUCUAUCCGGCCGGAGGAGCUUCUGCAAAUGGAACUCCUUCUGGUGAACAAACUUAAGUGGAACCUGGCUGCCAUGACUCCCCACGAUUUCAUCGAACACUUCCUCUCCAAAAUGCCAGAGGCGGAUGAGAACAAGCAGAUCAUCCGCAAGCAUGCACAGACCUUUGUGGCCCUCUGUGCCACAGAUGUGAAGUUCAUUUCCAACCCGCCCUCCAUGGUGGCUGCUGGGAGCGUGGUAGCUGCGAUGCAAGGCCUGAACCUGGGCAGCCCUAACAACUACCUGUCCUGCUACCGCACAACGCACUUUCUUUCCAGAGUAAUCAAGUGCGACCCGGACUGCCUCCGAGCCUGCCAGGAACAGAUUGAAGCCCUUCUGGAGUCCAGCCUGCGCCAGGCCCAGCAGAACAUCAACCCCAAGGCCACCGAGGAGGAGGGGGAAGCAGAGGGAGAGACUGACCUGGCCUGCACACCCACCGACGUGCGAGAUGUGGACAUCUGAGAGGGCCACCGGGCAGGCGGGUGCCACCGAGUAGUGGCAACCCGCAAUGCAGAAGGAGCCAGCCCGGGGCGCUCCUAAUAAUGAUGUCCCUCUUGGGGACAUUUUGUUACCAGAAGGGGAAGUUUUGUUCUCUUUGUUGGUUGUUUUUCUUUAAUCUUUCUCCUUUCUAUCUGACUUAAGCAAAAGAGAAAAAAAUACCUGAAAGCUGUCUUAAAGGGAGAGAGAGAGAGAUAGACUUUGCAUCACCCUGAGUGUAGGGCAGAGGGGAUGCUACAAAAAUAGGAUUUUAUUCCCCAGUAAUCAACUAGUUUUCUAUUAAUGUGCUUGUCUGUUAUAAGAAUAGGAUUAACACACAGGAAGUCUACAGAAGGAUUUUGAUUUUAUGUGUUUAAAAAGUUUAAGAAACAUUGCUUUAAAAAAAAAAAGAAGGAAAAAAGGCAAGUAGAGCAAACGGUUGUUGAAGUAGAAGAGAGAUGUAGGUAGAGGAUGUACUCCGCUUGGCCGAAAGGCACACCUCGCUCCUGCUUGCUCAGUGUGGGGCCCCCAGUCACCUGUCUCCUGUGCCCUCCUUAUCCCAGGGAUGGGUAGACCUCUUCACCGUGUUGACCUGCAAUGCGACCUCUAGCGGUCUCACGGUGUGUGGCACCCCAGGGCUCACCCGUGCCCUCUCCCAACCUGCAGGUUUGUAGCAUAAGCCACACAGCAGUAGGUGUCCCACUCUGCAGUGUGCUCCAGCAGAGGGGAUGAGAUAGUGACAUCAUAUAUUCUAUUUUUGUAAUCUUCCUAUUUUGUAGUUCCUGGUUAAAGAGACGCUGGUUUUUGCCUGGCGGCCCUGCAGCCCACUCACAUCAGGUUAAACCCACAGCUUUUCUUUUAUGUGUGUGGUUUGUUCUGUUUCGUUGUGUUUCCCUUCUCCGUGUUCCAAAACCAUUCCAUUUCAAAGCACUUUCGGUCAGCUAGCUGGAGGCAGUGUUGCUGGUAUGUGUGUGAGGGGGGAGUUCCUAAUGGAAUGGUUGGGGGGUAUCCACACCCGUUCAGAUGGCUGUGUGGCACAGUAGGGCUGGUAGCAUGGGGUGCUUGAGAAGUUUUGUUGGGUCAAGAAGAGAGAACUCUGUUCUUGCACCGCCGGGAUCUGUCCUACAGAGAAGCUGAGUUUAAGGGAUCCUUUGGUGCCAGCUGGUGUUUGGCGGUAGGAACUAUGGUGGCAUUACCCGGACAGUGGGGAGAUUUUCUGGGUGACUUUUGAAGUCUUUCACACAGGAGGCUUUUAAACACUAAAAUGUCUAAUUUAUACUUAAGGCUACAGAAGAGUAUUUAUUGGAAAGGUUGCCCAUGGCCAGUGUGAUUUUUAAAGCAAUGUGAUCUCCCUUGAUUCAAACACACUGUCUGGCCUUGCUGGUGAAGGGUUAGUGCCAUGUCUUGAGAGAUUGGUCUUUUAUGGGGAAGGGGGCAUUCUCAAAAACUACAUAAAGACGAGCAUUUGGUUUGCUUACCUUUCCAAACCCAAACGGCCCCAUUGGCAUAGAGCCAUCCAAGCUGAGGAAAACCGGGGGAUCCCAAAUGAGUUUGAUUCAGGCACAUUCUUGCGGCCGCCACCUCUGCCCCCCACAACAGUUAAGUAAUUCGUAUGCCUGGCUCUGUGCUUUUCUAUUUAGGAAGUGUUGAAGGGAGGUGGGAGAGCGGGAGGCUGGAGAGAGGACGUGAGGGAAGAAGUGUGGAGGGUAGGGACCACAUGGGACAGGCUGCGGCUCCAUGCUACUGCCGAUGACUCCCCACAUCCCGGACGUUCAGAACCAGACUUGCUUUGUAUCUUUCACGUUGUUUUCGCUGCUAUUGGAGGGUCAGUUUUGUUUUGUUAUUUUACAAUGUCAUAGACUGCCAUGUUCAAGUUUUAAUUUCCUCAUAGAAGAUUGUAUUUACAGAUGCCCUGUUUUUGUACUUUUUUUAAAAAUUGUGAUCAAUUUUGGCUUAAUAUGAUUACCGCUGUAUUCCAAAAACAAAAAACCAGGUUUCUGUUCACAAUACCUCAUGUUUCACCUAGCCAUGCACGGGUCCAGGAGGCAGGUGGCUUGCCUCCAGAGACUGGUCUGGUGGGAUCAUCCCCCUACACCUGUCAUGCUGGACCCUUCAUUUGAUCUGGGACAUAGAGCAUCACAGCAGUGGGACAACUAUAUUUGUCUUUGUUAAUUAUCAAUAUUGUUACUUUUGUAGCGGCCUGUUGUGCAUGCCACCAUGCUGCUGGGCCCGGAGGAAUCAGUUCUGAGUCUCCGGUGCAUCAUUGAUUCUGUUAGGUUCUAGUGUUCUGUCUUGUUUUGUGUUAAUUACAGCAUUGUGCUAAUUUAAAGACUUCAGCCUUGGCAAAGCCAGCUCCAGUGCUGCAGGCCUCCAAAUUCCCUAGCUAGCUGCCAAACCAAAAUGGUCACCUCCACGGUCACCACCAGCCUAGCUGAGGCAUCUGAACCAGACAGGACCCUUGAGGGUCUGGCCAAAAGGCCAAAGGCUGGUGGUGGGUCCACGGAGUCUGCCCUGUGACAUGAAAGGCUUUGAGGGGCUCUGGCUGGUGGCCAGGUUGGAUUUGUGUAUUUCUGGUUGACACACCAUGGCGCUUCCCAGCACGGACAUAUGACCAGCAUGGUCCAGAAAGAAAAAAAAAAAAAAGACACAAAAAGUCUAGAAAUAAAAUUGGUAAAAUCUCA